CCCUGGCACCUGGUCCCUGGCACCUGGUCCUUGGUACCUGAGCCAUUGUCACAGGUUGUGUACGCAUUUAUUGCCACUGAUUUGUGCUAUUGACACAUUUUAAACAAUAUUUUGUGCAAAUAAAAAUGUAAAUAGAAGGAUUAAGAUUUCGUGCCUCCCGCUGGUUUGGGUGAUGAACACAGCGUCUUUGUGUUCGCCUCACCCUGAACGCUCCCUCCGUCUUCUCUUGUCUCAUCAAAAAGCUAAUGGAAGACGGAGACGGUGCCUCCUGGUAGCUCCACGUUUCAUCCAAGGGUUUAAAGUUCACACAAAACCUCUGUUUUCAAAAUGUCACUUUUCUGUAGUUUUGAUGUGAUUUGACUACAAAUCUGAGCUCGACUCUGUUGUUGAGUCAGUUGAGAGUUUAAGUCAGCAGUGAAAACUUUUUGUCAUAUCUGGGACAACACAAUCAUGUUCUGUGAAUAACAAAUGUUAAAUGUCUACGCCGGGCGGCCAUCUUUCUUCAUCACAUCACCCUCCGCUGUUUUAAGCCAUUACCGUCUGGAAAAUGAUCACGGGACGCUCUGCAGCCUCGGGAAGGGAACAGCCAGUGACAUUAGGAUCUGCUCAGUGCAGAUGCAGAGUAAACUGCUCCAUUGUUACGUUUGGGAUGGAAUUCUAUGCUGUGGUGACUGUGUGCGUUUUUAAUAAUAACACAAAAAUGCAGCUUAAACCAGACAAUAGUUCAGCACUGGAAUAUUUUUUCAGCUUUCUGCAACAUCAAACAUGAGCUUUUGAUUGGAGUCCCUCCCCGUCACAAAGCGACGGCUCGUUUCCACACUCACUCGUAUUUCCCAACACCAUUUAACAGGCAGAGAGUCUUUGUUGAAGAGGCAGAGAUAAGAGCGUCUCCACGAGGAGCUCCCAGCGUUGCUGCUGACAGGAACCCACAGCCCGACUCGCUGUGCGCGCUCACAUUUCCACUCGCCCGCCUCUAAUUGAGCUCAGCUACUUCAUAUUGGCUCCAGUGGGGUGUGGAAUCUUUGGAACCUAAUAUUUGAAGUGAGCAGGAGAAGGUGUGGAGCAAAAGCUGCAGAGGAGUGAAUUAAAAUUCUUCCUUUAGACUGAAUUAAACAGAAAUGUUAACACUUUGAAGGGAACAUCGAGUUCCACAACAGUUCGUGGUGUUGAGCAACGUGCCUCUAAAUGCUUCUCUGGCCAAUAUGAUGCUCAAGCUUUCAUUACUGCUAAUUGCUACAUGAUGGAAUUUCUGCUGCCCGUUCAUUUAAAUGAAGUUAGAUUUCCAUGCACUCAGUGUUUGCGUUCAUUAUCAUUCAUUAUAACGAACCCACAGGCUUGAACGCAGAGAACGUCUCACGGUUGGUUCACAGCAGAGACCUGCGUGCAGCUCACAGCACUGAUGCCCUCAGACCGUCACAGAUGCCAGCGUUUGAACUGAGAGCUGCCUCGCUCCUGUUCAAUGUCUGUGCUUAAAACGUAUGUCUGUGAAAUGUGUGUGCAGAUCAGCGUCCACGCUGCCACGGAGCAUUUUAAUGUAACAGACAGACGCGUCAUGUCACCACUUUGUCUUUAAUCAAAGAGCACCUUUACCAUCCUCCACCCCCAGCAGCAUCAGCCCCAUCAGCCUCAGCAGCUCCAUCAGCAGCAUCACUCUGAUCACCCUCAUCACCCUCAUCUGCCCCAUCAGCCCCAUCUGCCCCAUCAGCAGCAUCAGCCCCAUCUGCCCCAUCAGCAGCAUCAGCACCAUCAGCCCCAUCUGCCCCAUCAGCAGCAUCAGCACCAUCAGCCCCAUCUGCCCCAUCAGCCACAGCAGCUCCAUCAGCACCAUCACACUGAUCACCACCAUCAGCCCCAUUAGCCACAUGAGCUCCAUCACCCUCAUCACCCUCAUCUGCCCCCUCAGCACCAUCAGCCCCAUCUGCCCCAUCAGCAGCAUCAGCACCAUCAGCCCCAUCUGCCCCAUCAGCCACAGCAGCUCCAUCAGCACCAUCACCCUGAUCACCACCAUCAGCCCCAUUAGCCACAUGAGCUCCAUCACCCUCAUCACCCUCAUCUGCCCCCUCAGCACCAUCAGCCCCAUCUGCCCCAUCAGCAGCAUUAGCCCCUACAUCAGGACCAUCUGCCCCAUCAGCCUCAGCAGCUCCAACAGCAGCAUCACCCUCAUCACCCUCAUCACCCUCAUCUGCCCCAUCAGCAGCAUCAGCACCAUCAGGACCAUCUGCCCCAUCAGCCUCAGCAGCUCCAUCAGCACCAUCACCCUGAUCACCACCAUCAGCCCCAUUAGCCCCAUGAGCUCCAUCACCCUCAUCUGCCCCCUCAGCACCAUCAGCCCCAUCAGCCUCAGCAGCUCCAUCAGCACCAUCACCCUGAUCACCACCAUCAGCCCCAUUAGCCCCAUGAGCUCCAUCACCCUCAUCUGCCCCCUCAGCACCAUCAGCACCAUCAGCCCUGUGUGAUGUUAGUGAUGUUUCUGGCUUUAGGAGUGGAGCUCAGUUCCUCUAAUCAGGAGUGUUGCCCACGAUCGAGGGGAGGCUGUGAGGAGGAUGUGAGCUGUUCUCUGUGAUGUCGACGGGCUGAAGCCUUCUAACCUAAGCUUCCUGUCUGUUCUCCCCCAUCCGUCAGUCUGAUGUUGAGCUGAACUCCCUCUGUUUUCUCUGCGUCUCCUGGACGGAGCUGGUGUUUGGGUUAAAGGUGGUUAAAGUACAGCGGCUUCACCGUAACGAGUCCAGACGCUGUCGCUCACAUGUUGUAACAUCACAGAGGCAGUUUCAUAAACGUCGGCUUUGGACCGUGUUUAUUCUCUGGGUCACAGUAACUAAACUGCUGCAAACAUUCUCUGCUAUUGAGCCAAUAUCAACAUAUAUUUACAACGUGCUGCUCAGUGUAAUUCCCCAGAUCACAUCAGCCACGUUAUGAGCGAAGCUGCGACAAAGCGCAGGCCUCUGGAAUAGAGCGGAAUGUUCUCCUGCAGUGAAGACUCAGAGGCAUCAUGCGCUCACAUGCUCAUGACAACAUGAGGAGGAACACUUUGUUCAAGACUCCCAUUAUUUCUCCGCAUUAAGUCCAUGUAUGAGGUGAGUGUGUUCAUCUCUGUGGUUCAUUUGUGCAGGUGCAGGGUCACCGGCUCCAUUCCAGUUUCCUGCUAUUGUCAGAAUUCACAGAAUAAAGGAUGAGCUGCGUGUCGGUGGGAGCGAA